AUGGCAGCACGGGAGUGUGCAUGGGUCCCAACUUCCACGUCUUCAUGCAAGCUUCAAGUGGGUCACGCUCCUCCUGGCCGAAGCUCGCAGAGAAGGCGUCGCAGCUUGCCCAGAAGGAAGGGAUGGCUGACAUCCCUGAAUGCAUCUCCGAGAGACGAAGCGCCGAAGCUGAGGUCCCUGGCCCUCGCAGUGCUGGGGAUCUUCCGCUGGCCGUGGAAAGGGCGAGCUCCGAGAAAGGCAAAAGCAGCUGGAAAAAGCCGUCGGGCAAGUCGAAGUACUCCAAGUCCGCUGGAUGACUGGCAUUCCGGUCGGCUGAGCACGCUGUCCUCAGGCCUUGACUGGUCGCGAUGCUUUGUAUCGGUGUUGUUUGUGGACUCGGCCAGAUCUCCGUGCUAUGUGCGUGCACGCUUGGCUCAGCGCCUCGCAGACGCCGCUGCCGAGUGGAACGGCAUGGGACGAGUAUUGGAGUUCUACGCGUGCUCGACACGAGACGAACCUGACGGCUCUGAUGGCUCUGGUAUUUCGGAGCUCUUCUCAGAAGCUGGAGCCGUCAAGGAUAGCGUCUCUGAGUUCGCCGAGAAUGUGGGGAUCGACGAGGAGGAGCUUCAGCAGAUCUUGCGAAAGCUGGGCGCUGGUAUGUGGGUAGCCUUAAGCCAGGAAGCCCUGCGUGAGCAUGAUGUCGUCAUUGCUCUAGAUGACGAUGCUGCAGCUGCCGUUAAUGACGAGCUCGUUCGGCAGGGCUUGCCCGCUGGUUGCAUGCUGCUGAGUGACUUUGAGUGGCAGUUGCUACACAAGAAGAAGGCUUUUCUGGAGACCAACUGUGCAGAUGGCUCUGGUGAGCGAUUUCUGACCCCGGCUGCCCUGCAAGCGAUGGAGAGGCAUGCCUUCGAAUUUGGAGAGCAUCGGAGUGUCGCCGACCUCAAUGUUCCUCCCUGGCCUCUCAAGCCCGUCGGGUUGGGCAAAAACGACAGUAGCGUUGGUGACUGGCGGCGUUUGCAUGCCGCGCUUAUGCAGGGCAGCUGGGGCCUGGUGUGGUUUCUCUUCUUGUCCUGGCAGGCCAACUACAGCAAUCCGUUAAGCAGAGCCUACGACAUCUGA